AUGCACAUCUUCAUAAUCGGCGCAACAGGCCGCAACGGCGCUCUCAUCCUCGCAGAGUGCCUAUCCCGAGAGCACACCGUAACGGCCCUCGUCCGCGACCCGUCCUCGGUCGUCCCCCAGCAGCAGCAGCAGCACCCGAACCUCACCCUCGUCCGCGGCACCCCUCUCUCGCCGGCCGACGUCCGCAAAGCAAUGUCCACACCCCCCGGAGCCCCCCCGGACGCCGUCAUCGUGGCCCUCAACAUCCGCCGCCAGUCCGAAUCUCCCUUUGCGGCGAUCCACCCGGACACGCCCCCGACCCUCACCCACGACGCCGUGAGCAACGUCCUACAAGUGCUAAAGGAAGACCACCACCACCACUCCCCGGGGCCCCGCAAGGUCGUCAUCAACAGCAUGCAGGGCUCCGGUGUAAGCAACGCCAGCCUUAACCUCCCUUUCCGCGUGCUGUUCCAGCACACCAGUAUGAAAUACACCGUCAGCGACCACGACGCCGUCGACGCCCUCGUCAGGGGGAAAGAAGGGGAAGGCGUCAACUGGGUGCUGGUGAGACCGCCUAUGCUUACAGAAGGGGAGUCGUUGCCGGUCAAGGUGUACGAUGACGAUGGCAAGGGGGUGCGCUGGUUGCCGAGGAUCACGAGAAAAAGCGUCGCAACAUUCAUGGUAGACGCCGCUGAGAAGCCGGACUGGGAUCGCAGGGCGCCUGUCAUCACCAACUAG